AUGCAGCCGGCUGGGGGCGGGGCUCCGAGGCCGGGGCGCGGCGACAGGCUCGCGGGCAGCCUCCGACAGCUGGACCCCGCUGCGCUCCUGAUGCUGCUCGUGGACGCCGACGGGCCGGAGCCCGUGCGCAGCGGGGCGCGGGAGCUCGCGCUCUUCCUGACCCCCGAGCCCGGGGCCGAGGCGAAGGAGGUGGAGGAGACCAUCGAGGGCAUGCUGCUCAGGCUGGAGGAGUUCUGCAGCCUCGCGGACAUGAUCAGGAGCGACACUUCCCAGAUCUUGGAGGAAAGCAUCCCACUCCUUAAGGCCAAGGUGACGGAAAUGCGUGGCGUCUACGCCAAGGUGGACCAGCUGGAGGCCUUCGUCAGGAUGGUCGCGCACCACGUCUCCUUUCUGGAAGCCCACGUGCUGCAGGCGGAGCGAGACCACGGGCCCUUCUCCCAGACCCUGCGCAGGUGGCUUGGCUCCACCGGGCUCCCCUCCUUCAGGAACAAGCCGUCUGCACCAGUGCCGGCGUUCGAGCUGCCUGCGUUGUACAGGACUGAGGACUAUUUUCCGGUGGACGCUGGGGAGGCCGCGCUGCAGGCCCCCCGCUGCCCUCGGCGUCUGUGAGCUCUGCGGUCCCGCCCUGAGGGACGUCGGGACGUGAGACUGUGUACGGAGCAGCUGGGCUUUUUUCUUUCGUUGUUGUUGUUGAUUUGUUUUCUGAAUCUCCUCCCUUGCUUCACGCGAGACCACAGGGUUUGGAGAAGCAGCUGGAACCGCGUGUGGCCACGCCUCAGGCGGGAGCAGGAGAAGUCCCUGCCAGCAUUGGGGCCGCCUGGCACUCCAGGAUGAGGCGCUCGGGUCGGACACGCCGCAGCUGACGGACGGAUGGCCAGGACCUCCUCUCUGUGAGGGGCUUUGCACGGAAUCCUGGGGGGCUUGCUAGGUGCCACCGGGCUGCGUAGCUCCAGGUCCGUCCGUGUUGGUUGGUCUGUCUGCAAACCCCAGUGCCCACGGGCCUGUGAAUCAUCUCAAUAAAGGUGUCAAGUUCA